UUUUUUUUUUUUUUUUUUUUUUUGUUUUGUGGCUAUUGUUAGAUUGUUCACCUCACUAGUCAAUUUCAUUUACUCACUCUGUCAAAAAGUCACUGCUUUCUAUUCUCUUCUCUUUCUCCAUGAACACUCAGAAAUUCUAGGGUUUUCUCCCCUAAAUCUAGGGUUUUUACCCAAUCCAUUUCCUUGUUAAAACCCCCAUUUUUCCUCCAAGAAUCCCUCUUUCAUUUUCAACUCCUAAUUCUCUUUUCUUCAAUGGCAAAAACUCGCCCAGGAAAGCGAGACCUUGACUCAUACACCAUUAAAGGAACCAACAAGGUUGUUAGAGUUGGAGAUUGUGUUAUGAUGAGGCCUGCUGAUGUGGGAAAACCACCAUAUGUUGCUCGUGUUGAAAAGAUAGAAGCAGAUAGCAGAAACAAUGUGAAGGUGAAAGUUAGAUGGUAUUAUAGACCAGAAGAAUCGUUGGGAGGAAGAAGGCAAUUUCAUGGUGCUAAAGAAUUGUUCUUGUCUGACCAUCAUGAUGUACAAAGUGCUAAUACAAUUGAAGGGAAGUGUACUGUUCAUUCUUUCAAGAACUACACUAAACUUGAGAAUGUUGGUACUGAUGAUUACUUCUGUAGAUUUGAAUAUAAAGCUGCUACUGGUGCUUUUACUCCUGAUCGUGUUGCUGUGUAUUGCAAAUGUGAAAUGCCUUAUAAUCCUGACGACCUUAUGGUGCAAUGUGAUGGUUGUAAGGACUGGUUUCAUCCUUCUUGCAUGGGCAUGACAAUUGAAGAAGCAAAGAAGUUGGAUCACUUUUUAUGCUCGGAUUGUGUUGCUGAAGAUGAUCCGAAAAAAGGGGGCAACACAUUUUCAGCAUCUCCUAUGGCUGAUGGCAAGCCUGAUAACAAGAGGAGGAAGAGAUGAAAACUCGAAGGUGAUUACAUCGACAUGGAGUUUGCGAAGGCUUAACUUAGCAGAGCUUGGAAGCCAUCUAGUGGAACUAACUGUGUUGUGAAGGUUGUAUUGUCAACUGUGAAUCUUAAUGCCAUGCUAGUGCACAAAACUACUACUGGGACUGUAAUUUCUUGUGUGUUAAAAUGUCCCGAGGCGUUUCCUGUAUGACUUCUCUGUAAUUUAAAAUCCUGUGCAGAAGAUAAUUGAGUUCUAGCCAUGGCUGGAUUAUCCUUUUUCGGUC